AUGACAUUUGUACGGUAUUUUCGCUCAUCAAGUGCACCAAAUGUGCUAGUAACCUUCAAGGAUAUUUCGGUUGACCGUUUGAAAGAAAACUUCAAUGUGAUACAGUAUAAUGGCGAAUCUACUACCGUCCCACAUGACCUCCUCUUAAAGUAUUUGCCCUUGUCAGACGGUAUUUUUUGUCAGGUUUGUGACAUUAUUGACGGAGAGCUUUUAAAUGCUGCGAAACACUUAAAGAUUAUUUCUACGCUUUCUGUUGGCACAGAUCACAUUGACGUCGACGAAUGUAAAAAACGAACUUGUACAGGUGUUGCCCAGUCAGAUGCACUAAAAUUUAGAAAUAUAAAAGUUGCUAAUACGCCAGACGUACUCACUGAAGCUACCGCAGAAACUACCAUAGCACUUCUUCUCGCGACAUCAAGACGAUUAUUGGAAGCCGUUGAUGACGCAAAAAGUGGUCGAUGGAAAGCAUGGGCGCCAUUUUACAUGUGUGGAACCGGGUUGUACAAUGCAACAGUAGGUAUAGUUGGUUUGGGAAGAAUUGGGACUUCUGUUGCCGAAAAAAUCAAAGCGUUUCUCCCAAAGCGAAUCAUCUAUCACAACAGAAAACCUGAUGAAGCCCGAGCAUCAAAAGUAAAUGCAGAUUACGUUUCGUUGGAAAAUCUGCUUAAAGAAGCUGAUUUUGUGAUUCUUACUUGUUCGGCAAGUAGCGAAAAUAAGGGUAUGAUUUGCAAGGACACACUGUCGAUGAUGAAGGCUAAUGCAAUAUUAAUAAAUGUUAGCAGGGGGUCAUUGGUAAAUCAGAAUGACUUAUAUGACGCUCUUAUUAGCGGAAAGAUUCGUGCAGCUGGUUUGGAUGUCACUACUCCUGAACCGUUGCCGCCAGAGGAUCCACUGUUUAAACUUAAAAAUUGCGUCAUAUUUCCACACAUUGGUUCUGCAACUACAGAAACUAGAAUGAGGAUGAUUCGGAUGAUCGAGGAUUCCUUGCUGCAUGAACUUGGACAUAUCACCAUUGACCAUGAUUCUUUUUAG